AUGAUGAUCAGCUUGCUGGACUACCUCGCGCAUCGUAGGACGUGCCGUCGGAAGCAACAAGAGCGCGCAGAUCGCAUUGCAGCACUGCCGUCCGCCUACCAUGAACCGCUAUCGCCGCAAGACAAGGAUAUCUUGUCUCUACCCUCUUCGAGUGUCGUAUCAGGAGUUCAGUCUGGGAAGCUUGACCCACAAGACGUACUCCGUGCAUACAGUAAAGCGGCCCUGCAAGUCCAUGGACGCACGAACUGCCUUACGGAAGUGAUGAUACCGUCUGCGGAGGGCUGGGCGGGGACUUGUAACUUACAAGGUCCUCUCGCGGGCAUGCCCAUCAGCAUGAAAGAUACCGCCGUCGUUACAGGGUAUGAUAGUACUGCAGGGUAUUCGGCGUGGGCAUUCAAGCCGUACGGGCGUAACUCCGCGCUUACCCAAUUGUUGCUGGACGCGGGCGCAGUCCCGUUCGUAAAGACGAACAUCCCUAUGACACUACUCGCCUUCGAAUCUGCCAACGAUCUUUGGGGUCGCACAGAAAACCCUCAUGUGGCGGGAUACUCCCCGGGUGGGAGUACGGGCGGCGAAGCAGCUUUGCUUGCACUUGGCGGGUCUCGACUAGGUAUCGGUACGGACGUCGCAGGCUCCGUACGCGCUCCUGCGCACUUCAGCGGCAUCUAUACGGUCAAGGCGACUUCUGGAAGAUUCCUACGCGCGGGUAAUGCUACGCCCAUGGUCGGUCAGGAGGGAGUGCCUCCUGUGUAUUCCCCGAUGACACGCACGCUGCAUGACCUGGAGUUCUUCUGGAAGGCGAUCAUCAGCAUGCGUCCAUGGGAGACUUACGACCAAUCCUGCGUCCCCAUCCCCUGGAGAGACAUCAAGCUUUCCCAGUCUCUAAAGAUCGGAGUUUUAUACGAUGAUGGUGUGGUUACCCCCACUCCUGCGUGUGCACGAGCACUUCAAAGUGCGGUUACGGUGCUCAAGCGGGAUGGACACGAGGUCAUCGCAAUUGAUCCUCCCAGCCCAUUCGAAGCACUACACAUAGGCUCACAGCUCAUGGCUAACGCCGUGGAGACAGCCGUAUUACACAUGCGGUCGGGUGAAUGGAACGACCCGGGCGCGCUCGAAGCUGUCAAAGCACUUCGUCUCCCUCGCUGGGUCCGCAGCUUAUAUGCGUUAUAUAUCCGCUAUAUUCGGCGCGAUCCGUUGUACGCCGACUUGGUCAGGGACUUCAGGCCACAGAAUGGGCAAGAGUUCUAUGCCCUUGUAGGCAAACGCGAAGCGUACAGGCAACGCUGGCACGAGUACUGGGUGAAGAAUAAGUUUGACUUCGUUCUGACCGUACCAAAUGCGUCUCCUGCGUUCUCACAUGGCGCUGGCAACGCGCAAUGGAAAAGCUGCGGAUAUACCUUUCUUUUCAACGUGCUCGACUACUCCGCGGGCGUGCUGCCCGUGACUCAUGUGGACCGUACUCGAGACGGCGUGCUUCCUGGUGCAUUCCGAGCACGUAACGCUGUUGAAGCUGGAGCCUGGGCUGGCUACGAUGCCGACGCGAUGCAGGGGCUGCCGGUGGGCGUGCAAGUCGUCGGGCGGCGAUACGAAGAAGAGAAGGUGAUCGAAGGCAUGAAGCUCGUCGAGCGCCUACUCGCAGAGCAAGGCGAGGUGUACCGGCUCCUCGAGAUCUGA